CUCCAUUUCCCGCGAUCCCUCGCGCACCGGAAGCGGUGUUGCGGCGCUUCCGCAGCGGCGGCCCAGGGCAGCAGCGGGAGGCGGCGGCGGCGGCGGCGGGAGGCGCUCCCGGUGGCGGCCAUGGACGUGACCGGGCCCGAGACUGACUGGCGCAGCACCAACUUCCGCCAGAAGCUCGUCAGCCAGAUUGAUGAAGCUAUGAGGAAAGCUGGUGUUGCCCAUAAUAAAUCUAGCAAAGAUAUGGAGAGCCACGUGUUUAUGAAGGCCAAAACAAGGGAGGAAUAUCUUUCUCUUGUGGCCAGACUUAUUAUCCAUUUCCGAGAUAUUCACAAUAAGAAAUCUCAAGCCUCAGUCAGUGAUCCGAUGAAUGCCCUGCAGAAUCUAACUGGGGGUCCCACGGCAGGGGCGCCUGGGAUGGGCAUGGCUUCCCGAGCUCAGGGAGCACCAAUGAGUGGGAUGACAGGCCUUGGUCCAAUGGCACAGCAGAUGAGUCUCCCAGGGCAGCAGCAGCCCCCUGGAACCUCAGGAAUGGCCCCUCAUGGCAUGCCUGGUGUCUCUACAGCUACUCAGCAGACUCAGCUUCAGCUUCAGCAGAUAGCUCAGCAGCAACAGCAGCAGCAGCAGCAAUUCCAGCAGCAGCAGGUGGCCCUGCAGCAGCAGCAGCAGUUCCAGGCGCAGCAGUCAGCCAUGCAGCAGCAGUUCCAGGUGCAGCAGCAGCAGGCGGCGGCCGCUGCCGUGGCCCAGCAGCAGCAGCAGCAACAGCAGCAGUUGCAGGCUGUCCAGCAGCAGCAGCAGCACAUGCUGAAACUGCAGAUGCAGCAGCAGCAAAACCAACAGCAGAUACAGCAGCAACAGCAGCAGCAGCAACUCCAGAGGAUUGCUCAAAUGCAGCAGCUGCAGGCAGCACAGGUCAUGCAGGCACAACAGCAGCAGCAACAGCAGCAGCAGCAACAGCAGCAGCAAAUACCACAACAACAGAUACAGCCACAGCCACCUCAACAAGUCAUGCAACAGCAGAUGCAACAGAUGCAGCAGCAACAACAGCAGCAACAGCAGCAGCAGCAACAACAGCAGCAGGUUGCUCAGGCACAACAGUCUCAACUUCCACCACAAUCCCAGCCUCAACCCCAGCCCAUGGUAUCUCAACCUCAGGCAAUCUCAGGACAAAUUCCCAGUCAGGUUAUGCCUGUUACUCUCACACCACAGCAGUUAAAAGCUAUGCAGGUAAGAGCUCAGCUGGUCCAGCAGCAGCAGCAGGCAGCAGCAGCAGUGCAAGCAGCUCAGGCCCAGGCUGCUCAGAUGGGAGCUUCAGGGCAGAUGAUCACCGCACCUAUGGCCCGAGGUGGGAUGCAAAUCAGACCACGGUUCCCGCCUACCACCGCGGUGUCUGCUACACCACCAAGCUCCAUCCCCUUGGGCGGACAGCAAAUGCCACAGGUCAGCCAGAACAAUAUUACCAUGAUGUCCUCCCCAUCUCCUGUCCAGCAAGCUCAGACUCCUCAGUCGAUGCCUCCACCACCGCAGCCGCAGCCGUCUCCUCAGCCUGGCCAGCCGACUUCUCAGCCAAACUCAAAUGUCAGCUCUGGCCCUGCUCCAUCACCCAGCAGCUUUCUCCCCAGUCCAUCUCCACAGCCAUCACAGAGCCCAGCAGCUGCACGAACACCUCAGAACUUUAGUGUCCCAUCCCCAGGUCCUUUAAACACUCCAGGAAAUCCAAAUUCUGUCAUGAGCCCAGCCAGUUCUGGUCAGUCAGAGGAGCAGCAGUAUCUGGAAAAACUCAAACAACUAUCAAAAUACAUUGAGCCACUCCGAAGAAUGAUCAAUAAAAUAGAUAAAAAUGAAGACAGGAAGAAGGACCUGAGUAAAAUGAAGAGUCUCUUGGAUAUCCUGACUGACCCUUCGAAACGGUGCCCCCUGAAGACACUGCAGAAAUGUGAAAUUGCUCUGGAGAAGCUGAAAAAUGAUAUGGCUGUGCCUACUCCACCACCUCCCCCAGUGCCCCCUACCAAGCAGCAGUACUUGUGCCAGCCCCUUUUGGAUGCUGUUCUGGCCAACAUCCGCUCCCCAGUCUUCAACCAUUCCCUGUACCGGACGUUCAUGCCGGCGAUGACCGCGAUUCACGGGCAGCCCAUCACGGCCCCCAUCGCUUCCCCUCGAAAGCGGAAAUAUGAAGAGGAUGAAAGACAGACCAUACCAAAUGUCUUACAAGGAGAAGUUGCAAGAUUAAAUCCUAAAUUCCUGGUGAACCUGGACCCUUCACACUGCAGUAAUAAUGGCACAGUUCAUCUCAUAUGCAAGCUAGAUGACAAGAAUCUUCCAAAUGUCCCUCCACUCCAGCUCAGUGUUCCAGCAGACUAUCCAGAUCAGAGCCCUCUGUGGAUAAAGAACCCCAGACAGUAUGCAGCCAAUCCCUUUUUGCAGUCAGUGUAUCGAUACAUGACUUCAAAACUAUUGCAGCUCCCAGACAAGCAUUCGGUCACAGCUCUCCUCAACACCUGGGCACAAAGCAUUCGUCAGGCCUGUCUCUCUGCUGCAUAACAGCUCACCUCCUAAAUCAUCAAGCAACAACAGCUGGCCUCUUCCACAUGCCACUGGAAAACCACACUAUGGGGAGGUUUACUUCAGAAGAAAGAAGCCUUAUGGUGUUUUGUUUCUAGGUUGUCAGGUUCAGUAGAGAACCUGAUGUUAGACUUAGUUUUUCAUGCUUUCUAUCUUCUGCCUCUGUGGACUUUUGCCAGCAUUUUCAGAUAUACAAAAUGUGUAUAUAUGGUUCUCAAGACUGUAUUUAGGGUGAGUUUUUAUUGUCUUCUUAGAGAAGAAAUUAUUUGUGGACUUCCAUCAGGGAGUCUGGUAUAAGAGGGGGUAGGGAAAAAUGUCCUCAUUUGCUUCAAAAUUUGCUCAGUGCCAGUAUUUCUUUCACAUUUUGUUUUGUGACCUGAUACUGCCCCAGAAAUAAAUGAGCUGUAGCACAAAUGUGCUUGCAAACUUC